UAUUAAAAUUUAUCUCAAUCUAAAAACGAAAGAGUUAUGUGUCUGCAUAAAGCAAGUAAGACUAUUGCCUACAAUUUUGUGUUUUUAUCACUAGAAGGGAAUAAAAUAAAAAUCUCUGUUAUGCCAAAAACACUCUGAUAUUGGCUUAUUCGCUUGUAAAUUUAAUCUUUCUUUCUUGUUUACCAAAAAAAUUAAUCUUUCUUGUUCAUUUUAGAUAAACAAGUUACUUAUUUCGUUGUAAUUUGCCAAAAGGCUUACAAAGAAAAAUGUCUGUUGUUGCAAUUCGAUAUAUAAUUGUAAUUAGCGGUUGAUAGGAAUCUAAUGAUUACACCUAAUAAUUAAACAUGGAUAAAUUAAAAAGAGAAUACUGUUGUGUAAUAAACAAAACCAAAGUUAAAGAGAUACGGUCAAACCUCAAGUAAUUGACUUUCUAAAAGUCAACGCUGCUUCCUCCAACUUUCUGUAAUUUUCAUUAUCAAAAACUACUAAUAUCCCACCAAAUUGAACCUUAACAAAAAUUAAUCAACCAAUCAAAACAACUCAGACUUGGAACAAUUCAAAGUCAGAGAAACCUUAUAAGCAGCAUGAUCCAAACUCGAAGAGACAAACUUCAAAGAAGUGAUCAAUGGAGUACAAACAUUUUAGCCAUCCACACACUCUAAAACUCCAACAGCUUCAGACAACUAAACCGUCAGAUCCUUCACCAAUCUGCUCAGGCUGUGAAUCAGCCAUCUCUGAAUCUGCAACCGCAUACAUAUGUUCAACAUGUGACUUCAAACUCCAUGAGCAAUGUGGAAACGCAGUGCGUGGGAUGAACCACCCUUCCCACGCAGGGCUCCACCACUUGACUCUAGUCCCUUACACCACUUACAGCGCUGGUACCUUCCUCUGCAGAGCCUGUGGCUGCACUGGAGGUAAAGGGUUCUCUUACUGUUGUCCUUUGUGUGACUUUGACCUCCAUGUUCAAUGCGCUCAGUUGCCUCAGGUUUUGGUUCAUGACUCUCAUCCUCGCCACAGUCUUCUUCUAGUUUACAACAGUGCUCCUCCUGAUAUGCCUUUUACUCAGUUUGGUUACGUGAAUCAGCUUGUUUGCAAUAUCUGUAACGUGGGUAUGGAUGGUAGGUUUUGGUCUUAUAACUGUUAUGCUUGUAACUAUCAUGUUCAUGCUUCAUGUGCUGUGAAUAAGCCCAAGCCAGUGGCUGCUUCUUCUACUGUUGAGAAGUGUGGGACAACAAGUGAUGAAGGAGCAGCAGUGAGCGGUGAAUCUGUUCCUGGUCAGGGUUUAGAGACAGAGCAGACGCAGCAACCAGCUGCAACAACAGAGCAAGUGGAAGAUCCAGCUUUGAGGCAACAGCUUGAACUUCAAAGGCUUCAGCUUGAGCUAGAUAUGAGUUCUGCUCUUGCAAACAUGAUUGGCUCCUUCAAUCUCAGUUCUUUCGUUUGAAGUGUCUUUGUAGUAUUGCUAUGUUGUUCUUCUCAGUUUGUUUGAUGUGCUGCAUUUACAAACUUGUGAUUGUCUUUGUUCUUGUGUUCUGAAGUGCUCUCUGGUCUGAAUAAAGUUUCUGUCG